CACACUGAUGCAACUCUUCAUUAAGACGGCCGGCGGCCAGACGGUGGCCGUACGCGUCUCCGCUAAGGAGACUGUGGCCUCGCUGAGGAGCGCGGCCUGCAUUUCGCAGGGCCGCCUCUUCUUCGGUGGCGCUUGCCUGGAGGAGGGGGCGUCGCUCGCCUCUUUUGGCCUGAUGUCGGGGUCCACUGUGCAGGAGGUCAUCCCAGUGGAGGGUGGCAAGGGCAAGAAGAAGAAGAAGCGUAUCUUCACGAAGCCCAAGAAGCCCAACCACAAGCACAAGCUCGAGAAGAUGCGCGCACUCAAGUACUUUAAGGUCAUCGAGAACGACGACGGUUCCUACACGGUGGAGCGGACCCGCCAGGAGUGCCCCCACCCCCAGUGCGGCGCCGGCGUCUUCAUGGCGCAGCACAAGGAUCGCAAGUACUGCGGGAAGUGCCAUCUGACGUACAAGGAGGAGAGCAAGUAGAGGCGCUCUGUGCGUGAAUCUUUACUACUUUCGCAUCGUAUUUCCUUCCUUCCAUGACGAGUUCAUCUACAGUUUGCAUUCGCUGUGUUGCAAAGCAUUUGUUUCACUCUGAGUUGCUUUUAUUUAUACUAAAAAAAUAA